UGCCUUCACAGCCCUGCUGGAAAUCUGUCAACAGGGAAGUGUCAAGAUGGCCCCGAGUGGACUAAAAGCGGUCGUAAAUGACAAAAUUCUCAAUGGUGUCAUCAAGAGUGUGAAGAAAGAUGGUGAAUGGAAGGUGCUCAUUGUUGAUCACAUGAGUAUGCGGAUUCUGUCUUCAUGCUGUAAAAUGUCAGACAUAAUGGCGGAGGGUGUUACAAUUGUGGAAGACAUUAACAAGCGGAGGGAGCCGAUACCUAGUCUGGAGGCCAUUUACCUCAUCUCCCCUGUGCCAAAGUCAAUUCAGUCCCUAACUGGUGAUUUCAAAGAGUCAGCCUUCACAUAUAAAGCAGCACAUAUCUUCUUCACUGACACUUGUCCAGAUGGGCUUUUUGCCGAGCUCGGGAGGUCAAGGGUUGCCAAGCUCAUCAAAUCUCUGAAGGAAAUUAAUGUUGCUUUCAUUCCAUAUGAAUCUCAGGUGUUUUCUUUGGACAACCCCAGCUCCUUUCACACUUUCUAUAGCCCAGCUCAGACUAUUCUAGAUGAAAGGACCAGGAUGAUGGAGGCCAUGGCUGAGCAGAUCGCCACACUCUGUGACACACUGAAGGAGUAUCCAGCCAUCCGCUACCGCAAGGGCCCAAAAGAGAAUUUCACCCUGGCAGAGAUGGUGAUGGACCGUCUGAAUGCACACAAGGCAGACAAUCCCAGUAUGGGAGAGGGCACGGACAAAGCUCGCUCUCAGCUGCUGAUUGUGGACCGUGGAUGUGACCCCAUCUCUCCUCUCCUGCAUGAGCUGAGCUUUCAGGCUAUGGUCUAUGAUCUUCUAGACGUCCAGCAAGACAUUUACAGGUACCAGACGGCAGGGAUUGGAGAGGCUAGAGAGAAGGAAGUGUUGCUGGAUGAGGAUGAUGAGCUGUGGGUGCAGCUUCGGCACAUGCACAUCGCAGAUGUUACCAAGAAGGUGACGGAGCUCCUGCGCACCUUCUGUGAGAGUAAGAGAAUGAACACAGACAAGGCCAACAUCAAAGAUCUUUCACAAAUGCUGAAGAAGAUGCCACAAUAUCAGAAAGAACUGAGCCUGUACUCCACUCAUCUGAACCUGGCUGAUGCUUGCAUGAAGAAGUUUAAGAAUACAUUAGACAAACUCUGUGAGGUGGAGCAGGACUUGGCAAUGGGGGCAGACGCGGAGGGGGAGACACUCAAAGAUGCCAUGAAAAGUAUUGUCCCUGUGCUUCUUAACACUGAGAUUCAACCCUUUGACAAAAUCCGCAUUAUACUGCUCUACAUUUUACAUAAGAAAAAGGGCAUUGGUGAAGAGAAUCUCACGAAACUCAUCCAGCAUGCCAACGUGCAGCAGGACAGGAACAUCAUCACCAACCUGCAGCACCUGGGCGUCCCCAUCAUCACUGGGGGUGCUAAUGCUGGUAAGACAUUGCCUGAUAGGAAAGAACGUACAGAAUCCACAUAUCAGCUCUCCAGAUGGACCCCCAUCCUUAAAGAUGUGAUGGAGAAUAUAAUUGAUGACAAGUGUGACAGAAAGCAGUGGCCGUUCCUGUCUGACCCCGCCCCCAUCACCACCACAGAUACGACAGUCAGCAGUGCACGGUUUGGACACUGGCACAAGAACAAGUCUGCCACAGAGUACCGCAGCGGCCCUCGCCUCAUCAUCUUUGUGAUUGGCGGCAUGACUCACUCUGAGAUGCGCUGUGCUUAUGAGGUGACCCGUGCCACCGAGGGCAAAUGGGAGGUUCUGAUUGGGUCGUCUCACAUUCUAACUCCAACCGACUUCCUGAAUGACCUGAAGAAGUUGGACCAGCCUACGUCAGCUGAGCAGUGAACCACCCAAAAGAUUCCUUCUAAUGGGUUCUGAUUUUAUGAAAUUACCAGUAAAAAGACACAUUUUAGAUCAAAUCACAAGGAACUAGCUUACUGACUAUUUGCUGUCUUUUAAAGUAGUUAUUUUAAUUACCUAACUUAAACUGGUGGCAUAUAUAUAUGUGGGUUUGUGUGUGUGUGAGUGUGUGAGUGUGUGAGUGUGUGAGUGUGUGAGUGAGUGUGUGAGUGAGUGUGUGAGUGAGUGUGUGAGUGAGUGUGUGAGUGAGUGUGUGAGUGAGUGUGUGAGUGAGUGUGUGAGUGUGUGAGUGUGUGAGUGUGUGAGUGUGUGAGUGUGUGAGUGUGUGAGUGAGUGUGUGAGUGUGUGAGUGUGUGAGUGUGUGAGUGAGUGAGUGUGUGAGUGAGUGUGUGAGUGAGUGUGUGAGUGAGUGUGUGAGUGUGUGAGUGAGUGUGUGAGUGAGUGUGUGAGUGAGUGUGUGAGUGAGUGAGUGUGUGAGUGAGUGAGUGAGUGAGUGAGUGAGAGUGUAUAUAUAUAUAUAUAUAUAUUUUUUUUUUUCAUGCUGUUGUUUACUGCUACUUAAUUUAAAUGAAGAAAGAAAAUAUAUGUGAGAAUGCUAUCAUUUGAAACCAUGUUCCCAAAGCCUCAUAUUUGUGCAAAUAUCUUGCCUUAACCUGUAUAAAUGUUAGUACUUGUAAGAUCUGAUUUUCAGAUAUGCACAUUGUAAUAAUUGAUCACACUGGAGACAUGCUGUUUCGACUACCUUGUUUAUUAUUGAGGUAUUAUCAUGCUACUACCUUCAGCUGGAAAGCUUCAGCAGACUUUUGUAACUUAUAACCAAAAAACAUUUGCAACAUAGAUUUGCAUUUGCAAUUUCCAGUUAUUUUUUUUUUUUUUGCCUCUUUUGGUGAAGGCAUGAAAUAAUUCAUCUCAGAUUUUAUUUUUAUGCUCUAAAUUGUGCACUUUUCUAUUCUACUGUUACGUUAUGGGUGUGUUUCACUGGGUCUUUUUGGUUGUUGUCUCGUUGUUAACAAUUCUAAAUAAACUUUGCAUAUACAUCAAUUUGACACAUUUCUGUAUU